AUGACACAACCUCCACACAUCGGCAUUAUCGGCGCGGGCCUCUCAGGCCUCCGCUGCGCCGACAUUCUCCUCCAAAACGGAGCCCAAGUAACAAUCUUAGAAGCAAGAGACCGCAUUGGCGGAAGGGUGCACCAAUCAACGGUUGGAUCCCAUGUGGUUGAUCUGGGACCGAAUUGGAUUCAUGGCUCCGGGGAGAACCCCAUUAUGGAUAUCGCGAGAGCGACGGGGGCGAUUGUGCAUGAUCCUGCUGGUGGGAAUGUUAUGUUCUCCCGGGACGGAGAUUUGAUUGAUGAUGCUGUUACCAGCAAGAUCGAGGACUUUGUUUGGACUACUAUCUCUGAGGCAUUCGAGUAUAGUAAUCGACAUGGGGACAGUAUCCCCGCUGAGAAGAGUCUAUUUGACUUUUUUGGCGAGCGAGUUGGGCAAUCUGAUCUCUCGGAUACAGAAAAAGCACUUGUUCUUGAUGCAUCGAAGCUCUGGGGUGCGUAUGUCGGUGAACCGAUUGAAAGGCAGAGUUUGAGGUUCUUCCGUUUAGAGGAAUGUGUUGAUGGGAGCAACUUUAUCGUGGCGUCAACAUAUAAGGGGAUUCUAGAGCAUGUCUCAAAGAACGCAACCGCAAAUGCAGAUAUCCAUCUCAACGAGCCAGUCGUUAACAUCAACGCACCUGAACGCGAUAAUCAAUCUUCAACACUGCACCAAGUAACCGUGGCCACCACCACAGGCAAAAUCUACAACUUCGACGAGGUAGUCGUGACAUGUCCACUAGGCUGGCUAAAACAAAACACCACCGCAUUCAACCCACCACUCCCGACUCGCCUCCUAGCACCAAUCAACAACAUCUCAUACGGAAGACUGGAAAAAGUCUACAUAACAUUCCCCCAAGCAUGGUGGCACACAGACCCAACCAGCACAACCACCAACACUAAGGAAAGUACAGUCUUCGCCCAAUUCCUCGAACCAAGCUAUGCGCCCCGUCCCCCGACAACAGAAUGGAACCAAGAAUGCCUCUCAAUGGCUUCCCUCCCACCACCAACGGCGCACCCAACCCUCCUAUUCUACACUUACGGUAAAAGCGGCGAAGAAAUCAUAAACUCGAUCUCGCACCUCGCCCCACUAUCCGCAGAAUACAAGGCCACACUUGUUAAAACGCUGGAACCAUUCUACGCCCGGCUACCGGGCUACGAUGCCACUUCUGUGGAUUGUACACCGUCCGCUAUGCUCGCGACGCAGUGGCAGAAGGAUGAGUUUGCGGGUCAUGGGUCGUAUUGUAAUUUUCAGGUUGGGGUUGAGCAGGCGGAUCGCGAUAUUGAGGUUUUGAGGGAUGGGGGCGGGAGUGAGGCGAGAGGAUUGUGGUUUGCUGGGGAGCAUACGGCGCCUUUCGUUGCGCUUGGAACUACUACUGGGGCUUAUUGGAGUGGGGAGAGGGUUGCUAUGGGUGUUUGUGAGCGGUGGGGAUUGGGAAGUGUUGGGGUUGGGGAUGGUGUUGAUGAUUCUUUGCCUUCUGCUGGGUUAUAG